GUUUUCUUGAACAAGGCUUAAUGGUCAAAGAUGCAGAGAAACUGAAAAAACACUACAUGAAGAUGUUUCAGUUCAAGUUGGACGUACUCUCUCUGGUUCCCACUGACCUGGCUUAUUUAAAAGUGGGGCCGAACUUCCCAGAGCUCAGGUUUAACCGUCUGUUGAAAUUUUCCAGGCUAUUUGAAUUCUUUGACCGCACAGAGACCAGGACCAACUAUCCCAAUAUGUUCAGGAUUGGAAAUCUUGUCCUAUACAUUCUGAUCAUCAUCCAUUGGAACGCAUGUAUCUAUUUUGCCAUUUCUAAGGUUAUUGGAUUUGGGACUGAUUCCUGGGUUUACCCAAACAUUUCUAUCCCAGAAUAUGGACGUCUGUCCAGGAAAUAUAUUUAUUGUCUCUACUGGUCCACCCUGACCUUGACCACCAUUGGGGAGACUCCACCCCCUGUAAAAGAUGAAGAGUACCUUUUUGUGGUGGUUGACUUCCUAGUGGGAGUGCUGAUCUUUGCCACCAUUGUGGGUAAUGUUGGCUCCAUGAUCUCUAACAUGAAUGCCUCCAGAGCCGAGUUCCAGGCAAAGAUCGACUCCAUUAAGCAGUAUAUGCAAUUUCGGAAAGUGACCAAGGACUUGGAGACCCGGAUCAUCAGAUGGUUUGACUACCUAUGGACCAACAAGAAAACAGUUGAUGAAAAGGAAGUACUUAAAAGCCUGCCAGACAAGCUGAAGGCUGAGAUUGCCAUCAACGUGCACCUGGAUACCUUGAAGAAGGUACGGAUUUUCCAGGAUUGUGAGGCAGGCCUCCUAGUGGAGCUAGUCCUAAAGCUUAGGCCAGCAGUGUUCAGCCCUGGUGAUUAUAUCUGCAAGAAAGGGGAUAUUGGGAGAGAAAUGUACAUCAUCAAGGAAGGGAAGCUGGCAGUAGUGGCUGAUGAUGGUGUCACCCAAUUUGUGGUCCUUAGUGAUGGAAGCUAUUUUGGGGAAAUCAGCAUCUUAAACAUCAAAGGGAGUAAAUCUGGGAACAGAAGGACGGCCAACAUCAGGAGCAUUGGUUACUCUGAUCUAUUCUGCUUGUCCAAAGAUGACUUAAUGGAGUCUCUCACUGAAUAUCCAGAUGCCAAAAAGGCCCUAGAAGAGAAAGGACGGCAAAUUCUAAUGAAGGACAACUUGAUAGAUGAGGACCUGGCUGGGAGUGGAUCAGACCCAAAGGACAUGGAAGAAAAGGUGGAGAGACUUGAGUCUUCCCUGGAUAAUUUACAGACCAGGUUUGCUAGGCUCCUGGCAGAAUAUAAUGCCACUCAAAUGAAAGUCAAACAGAGACUCAGCAAACUUGAGGGCAAAGUGAAGAAGUAUGGGAGUGACUUCUUAUCAGAUGGAGAGAGUGUUGUUAAUGGAGAUGCUGAGGACAAAGAGCAAUAA